AUGGUCGGGCAGGGGCAGCAGGGCGAAGAGGAAAAGCGGCGCAAGGUGGAAGAGGACGAAGACGUCAAGAUGGUCGUUGAAGAAGCCGUCGAUAACGGGGCUAUACUCUCUCCCCCCGAGAGCGAAAAAGCGUCUGUUUCGGCGGCGGUGCAGGGUGGGCGGAUGUCUGCUUCUGUGCCCGACUUGUCCAAAGCCCAUGCCCAUGCCCACGCCCACGCCCACGCCCACGCGCAAAACCCUACGCCGGCCGCGGUAUUCGGCAUGGUCGUCAAAACGUCCGAAUCGCACCCCAUCAUCGUUUCCCCAUUCUUCCCCUCUGAAUUGCUCGAGAUCUUGUCGAGGAAUGUGGUAGGGCAGGUGGAAGAAGGGAAGAGGAUGAUGCUGGGUUCGAGACUCGAUGUGCCGAGUCUGCUUCUCGGCUUUGCGCCGCCCUCGUCAUCGGCGCCUAUCCUUUCUCCCCUCCAAUCCAGCUUUAGAGACCUCCACCCCUCCCCUCCCUCCCCUUCCCCCUCCGUCUGCUCAACCCCAACCCAAACCAAAACCCCCGGCAAGCUCCUCCUCUCUUCCUGCCCCGGCAAACUUUUCCGCAUGGACGCCCCUUCCAUAGACCGCGGCCCUGUCUGCCGUGAUCUCGCGACAGAUCCGAGGAGGAUCAAAGGAGAAGGGGUGGGGGCGUUGGUUUGUUUGGAUGAUGAAGAGCUGGCUUUGUUGGGGGUGCCGUGGGAGACGUAUAGGAAUGUGGCGGUGGGGACGGGGUUGGAUAUUAUUCGGUUGCAGAUGUCGGAUGGGUUUACGAUUGCUUCGAUCAAAUUGGGGGCCAAACCUUCUACUCCAGCAUCAGCAAUAAACACUCGCCCUUCAUAUUUUACCGCUACAUACCCAACAAUCGCCUGGAGCCGCUUUAUUCCUUGGAAUUCAGAUCGCCGAUGCCUUGGGAAUCACGAAUUACCCAUUCCGCGACUGCACCUAAAGUAUGUGAAGCCUGGGCGACCGCCACGAACGGCUCGAUCCUCAUGAGAUGGAUCAAAGCCCACUGUACAUAUGCCGCCUCUGACCCUUACGGCUAUCUCUAUAAGGAC